CUACUGUUGCUAUUGUUGUUGUUGUCGUUGUCGUUGUCGUUGUCGUUGUCGUUGUCGUUGUCGUUGUCGUUGUCGCCGUCGCCGUCGUUGUUGUUGUUGUUGUUGUUGUUGUUGUUGUUGGUUUGUUUUUUUUUGUUGGUUUUUUUUGUCGUCGCUUGUUGCUGGUUGAUUUUUAUGAUUCGAAUUUCUGUCCGUUUUAAUUAGGAGCAUACUUUAUAUGGAAUGCAAGUGAACCAAUGGAUAACAAAGGUACCGUGAAAAUGACGUUGUGAAAAAAAUAAAAUGACGUGAAAAUUAUGUUGUUUCAAAGCAUGUUACAGAGAAAGAAAUAGAUCCUUGUUAAAUAUUCAUUAUUUCAUGUCACUCUAAUGGUUUAAUUUGUAGAAAACCAUAUUGUCUUUCAUAUAUAGUAGAAAUUAUCACAAUUUAAAUACAUUUUUGUUAAAUAUUAUUUAUUUCAUUUAUUUCAAUUUGUAGAAAACUAUAUUGACUUGUCUUUCAUUAUAGUAGAAAUUAUCACAAGCUGAAUAUAAUAUAUUUUACCGGCUGAUGUAUAGUUUCAGCAGAUAUAAAACUAACGUUAAUGCAUGGUGUACCAUUUCACUUUUCUGACGCUUUCCAAUACAAUGUUGAUUAAUAUAGUGAAAAUAGCACUCUUAUUCCCUUAAGCCCAACAAACUUUGUGUACUUACCGGAUUAUUAGUUACAAUGUUUUCCACAGUCAAACUGAUCAUUAAUUCAUCAGAUUAUCUGAUUUUUCAAACCUUCGAAGUUCGUUAAAACUUAACUAUUGCCAUGUUUUUUUUAACCAAUGCAUGUUUCCGCUUUGGAAAAACCUGUGUUAUACAUUUCCUCAUUAUUAUCGCAUGGAUUGUUGGUGGACAAAGCUUGCAAUUCUUUUUGGAAUAAUUACUAUUUGCACUAUGUAUCAUCUGCAUCAAUAAAGUUUUCUAUAUCUAUCUAUAUCUAUGAUAAAAAUUUGCCGUACUCAAUAUUUUCGGAGACGUUUUAAAAGCGAGAUGAUUAUCUGCUGCGAGUAUGAAUAGCAUGCACCAUCAUUAUUAUACUCUUCUGCUAUCAACCAAGUAGACAAUCAAAUGUAGGUGACGAAGUGUAGACAGACUUUUAGUAAAAUGAAUAUUUUUUAAGGAUACACUGAAAUCGUCUAUAGCUUGUAGGCCUACUAAUCGUUUUGAAAUGUUAUAUAUAUAAUAUAGCUUUAUAUAUAUAGAUUAUAAAUUGGCUUUUUCCUAACGAAUUUUGUCUGAUUCUAGAAGAAGCAGGAGAAAAAGAGAAAAAAAAUAAAGGAGGAAACCAAGUAAAUGGUAUGUAA